CCUGUGCUCACACUCUAAUCAAGGUACUGGACUUCCUCAAAACAGGAUUAAAGAAUUUUUCGCAAACAGGUGCACGAGGAGUUGAAUUAACAAUGUACAUCCCUUGUGUAUGUUGCCCAAAUGGAGAUGCUCAUAUGCAUAUUGUGCGCACAUUCGAUAAGAAUGUGCUGCCAUGUGGAAGCAGUGGUAUUGAAAUGACGCGCUACAAUCGAUUAUUUGGAGACAGCAUGCCAAUGCAAGCUGUUCCACCUUCCCACGUCACAGUAAAUAAACCUGAAGCACCUGAAGAUUAUGUGGAUGAUGUUACUAUUGAGACAGUCUCUGAGAAAAUAGGGCUAAGAAGAAAAAAGUUUGGUGUCCGUCUGGGACUUAGUUGGUCUGAAGUAAACAAGUUUAAUACUCAAAAAGGAGAGGAGGCUGUCAAAAAUAUGAUGUGGUAUUGGAGGAGCAAAAUGCAAAGUAGAAUGCAACAUCAGCUUAAAUUGUUGUGUGUUGCUCUGAGACAUUAUGGGUUUAAGACAUUUGCCGACUCAUUGUUUAAGGGUGAUACAGAAAGUAUUGUUAUCGAAGAACAAGCAGAACAAGAUUGCUUUAGUGACCAAGACCUGCUGUUUAUCUGUGACAAUUUGCCAGUCGGAUGGAGAAAACUUGCAAGGCAACUAGGAUUUGAACAGGCAGUAAUUGAUGAUAUUGCUACAUACAACCAUCAAUGGGAGAGCGACAGCAACAUGCACAUGUUGGCUAUAUGGAAAAUGGGUCACUCAGAAAAGCAAAUGCCAAUCAUGAUCAAAGCAUUAAAAAAGACAGGAUUUGAUCAAGUUGCGGAACGUGUGUGUGAAAGGCAUGACUACAAUGACAAGGCUGUAUAUCAAAAUAGGUGUAGACCUAAAGGAAAUUGGUGGUAUUGGCCAACAUGGGCAGUUCUCCUUCUCGGUUGUAUAUUGUUUGUAGUAUUUCUUACUUUGGCACACACACAAGACAAAAUGCAAAAUACACUUUAUACGGCAGUUUAUGUGGUUGGAGGAAUAAUGAGCUCCAUUUCUUUCCUUCUAUUGUUAUCAGACAAGUUAAAGAAGUAUAGGAAACGUCGCAAGUCAAAAGAAGCAAAUAGGAGAUAUACCCAUGUACUACAAAAAGACAUCUAGUGUUUAUGACACCCCUUUUCUCACAAGUGUUGCAGCAAGAAAGAAGUACUGCUUAUCCUAUUUCUUCUUCGUCUAUCAACAGCUGAAAAAAUUAAAACUAAUUUGUAAAUUAUCUGCAAAUCAUGUAAAAAGUAGCUUGUACCGUAUAGCUGACAAUACAAAUCUUCACUUUUUCUAUUCCGAAAUAAAUGAGGAGUAAACA